AUGGCUGAAGUAUAUGCUAACAAAAUCAAUCAACCUUUUCAUGGAGAGGUGGAGGAGCAAGCUGGGGACGUCAUGGAGGAGCAGAUAGAGGAGCAGGCUGAGGCCACGGAACACACUGGAGAUGUUGAGCAUGCUGGAGACGUUGAGCAUGCUGGAGAUAUUGAGCAUGCUGGAGAUGUUGAACAUACUGAAACAUUUGCAGUGACGCCAUCCGCGAUAGCACUAUGGGACUACGCACAGGAGAUUGUACAAGACAUUAUGGAAUACGCCCAAACUCAUCCGCAUGCACCACGCCCUGCCCACCCCCCCAUCCAAAUGUCGCGUCGCGACAAAUGCCUUUUAGUGUUGAUGAUGGAGGAUAGGCGCAAUGCGGUGUUCCAGCUAUGGCAGGAGUUGAAUGAGAUAGAGUAUCUGUUGGGUUUAGAACACAUUUAG